GUUCGGGACUUAUACAACACUGACCCAUAAGCAGCUGUUUUCUGAGAACCAAAUAUUAUCAAAAUAUUAAUGAAAAAUGGCAUUAUCACGCGCCAAGCCCGACGAACUGCCCAGGGACGCGGUAGUUAUAACAGAGGAUCAGGCCCUCAAAUACCAAUGGAAGAUUAUAACUUCCUGGGACAAAAUCGGCGAUGUAUGGUCGUUGCGCUACACGCCCGGAAUUCUGAGUGCUAUGGCUGCGGGAACGGGCGCCUACAUAAAUAAUCAUUAUCGCACCAAGCUGCGACUUGGAGGACAUGGUCGAUUGUCCACUUACCUCCCGAUUGUCGCCGUUCCCGCCAUAUUUACCAUGCUGGCGCACAAGUUCUUUAUUCAGCGACCCAUCCUGCUAAAUCCACUAAGCGAGUGCCCGGUGUGCAUCCAGAUGCGCAGUGCUGCCUUUCAGACGAGUCUGGGCAUCGUAUAUCCCACAAUUCUGGCCCCAUUCGCCGCAUUUCUGUUCGCAACCCGCUGCUACACGUACCGUAUUCCCUCGAUUACGGAAAAUCCCAGAGAAGUGUUUAUGUUGUGGCGGAAAAUCACACGCCCCAUUAUCCCAGCCUUAGGAACCUUAAUCGGCCUGCAAGCCCUGCUAACCAUGUUCCUCACUGGCCAGGAGGACAAGCAGAACUUUAAAAUUAUGCUACGCAUGAGGGAGAUCGAGCACCAGCUGGAGGAGGAACAAUUGCCACAGCGAAUGGAUUUUUAAUUGUUACACAUUGUUAACUAGCUCAAAUAGAGGCGCAUUUCAGAGCUUAUUCUAAAUGCAUUUUGUAAUA